AUGAAAGUCUCGCCACUGUGGUCGAUACUCGCUCGACAAUUCAGCUCAAAGACAAAUAAUCAACAACUACAGACAAUCAUUCAUCAGAUUCGAUUCGUUUCACAACAUAUAAAGCCAAUACCUAAUGAGGAACGACAACUAUGUUACACGAUUCCCAACGGUAAUUUCACAUUUGAACAACGUCAAUUUUACGAAGACAAUGGUUUCAUCAUCAUACGAAAGCUUAUUUCACCUUCUACACUCGAACGAUUUCGACAACGAUUCGAUGACGUCUGUGCGGAAAAAAUUCAAAUACCUGGUUUAACAAUAAUGAAGGAUAUAGCCCAUGCUAAGUCAACAUCAACUGUUGAAGAGAAAACUAUUAGCCGAAUUCAAGAUUUUACAUUGGAUGAUGAAUUUUUCCAAUAUUGUUGUCUACCAGAACUUAUUCAAUGCGUUGAAAAUUUCACCGGUCCUAAUAUAAUGUCUAUGCAUACGAUGAUGAUUAACAAACCACCAGAUGCGGGAAAGAAAACAUCCCGACAUCCACUUCAUCAAGAUUUAUUUUUUUUUCCAUUUCGACCAGCUAAUCGUAUUGUAUGUGCAUGGACAGCAAUGGAGCAUACAUAUCGUGAGAACGGGUGUCUUGUUGUCUUGCCCGGCACACAUAAAGGCAAAAUAGAACAACAUGUAUAUCCAAAUUGGAAAGGAGGCGUCAACAAACUGUUCUAUGGUAUUGAGAAUUUCGAUCCUAAUCGCGAAAAACAAUAUGUAGAAAUGUGGGAAGGUGACACAAUUUUUUUCCAUCCAUUACUUAUUCAUGGUAGUGGUACAAAUCGAACAUCCGGAUUUCGAAAGAUAAUUACAAGCCAUUUUGCUGAUUCAUCAUGUUAUUAUAUUGAAUGUGAAGAUUUUCAAAAAGCUAUGGAAAACGAAUAUUUAGAGAUAUUUCGCAAACGAACAGGUCGUCAAGACGCGACAAUUCAAGAUCUCUGGAAACAUCGAAGUCGACUUAUCCAAGGCAAACGAAUCAAUCUUUAA